UGGUUAAAGCUCUGCUCCGAGGCAGAUGCGAGCUGUGCGUGUUUCUAAUCAAUCCGAGCUGUGUGUGUUUCUAAUCAAUCCGAGCUGUGCGUGUUUCUAAUCAAUCCGAGCUGUGCGUGUUUCUAAUCAAUCCGAGCUGUGCGUGUUUCUAAUCAAUCCGAGCUGUGCGUGUUUCUAAUCAAUCCGAGCUGUGCGUGUUUCUAAUCAAUCCGAGCUGUGUGUGUUUCUAAUCAAUCCGAGCUGUGUGUGUUUCUAAUCAAUCCGAGGCAGAUGCGAGCUGUGUGUGUUUCUAAUCAAUCCGAGGCAGAUGCGAGCUGUGUGUGUUUCUAAUCAAUCCGAGGCAGAUGCGAGCUGUGUGUGUUUCUAAUCAAUCCGAGGCAGAUGCGAGCUGUGUGUGUUUCUAAUCAAUCCGAGGCAGAUGCGAGCUGUGUGUGUUUCUAAUCAAUCCGAGGCAGAUGCGAGCUGUGUGUGUUUCUAAUCAAUCCGAGGCAGAUGCGAGCUGUGUGUGUUUCUAAUCAAUCCGAGGCAGAUGCGAGCUGUGUGUGUUUCUAAUCAAUCCACGGCGUGCUGGAGGGUCGUGUGCUCUUGGGCUCUUCAUUCAAAACAGCGCCUCGCUAUCAGCUGUUUUGCAUCGCUUUAUAUUUGAUGUGGUUGUAACUCCGGCAUCGACCAUGAAGACAAUCAUUGCAGCGUAUUCUGGCGUGCUACGAGGUACUGGAGCCAAUUUCCUGUCUGCCAUCCAGGAUUUGCCUUCGGUUCCCUGGCCCUCCAAGUCAAAGGUUUUGAAGCAGCUGCAGAUUAUCUCUGUGAUGCAAUGGGUCCUGUCCUUCCUUGUAAUGGGUGCUGUGUGCACUGUGGGUCUGAUGUACCUGUUCUUCACGGACUGCUGGCUCAUUGCUGCCUUGUACAUUGCUUGGCUGGUCUUCGACUGGAAUACUCCAAGACAAGGAGGAAGAAGGUCAUCUUGGGUCAGGAACUGGACUGUCUGGAAAUUCUUCAGAGAUUACUUUCCCAUCAGACUCAUUAAAACCCACGCCUUGCUGCCCAGCCGGAAUUACAUUUUCGGGUACCACCCGCACGGGAUCUUCUGCUUCGGAGCCUUCUGCAACUUCGGGACGGAAGCAACUGGCUUCUCCAAGAAGUUCCCUGGGAUCCGCCCUCACCUGGCAACCCUAGCUGGGAACUUCCGAUUGCCACUCCUCCGGGAUUACCUGAUGUCUGGAGGUAUUUGUCCUGUGAAUCGCAAUUCCAUGGACUACAUCCUGUCCCGCAAUGGAACUGGGAAUGCUGUGGUGAUUGUUGUGGGCGGAGCGGCGGAAUCCCUGGAGUGUGUUCCUGGGAAGCACUCGGUCACUCUGAAAAACCGCAAAGGGUUUGUGAAGCUGGCCUUGCAGCAAGGUGCUGAUCUGGUCCCCGUGUAUUCAUUUGGGGAGAAUGAAGUGUACAAGCAGAUCGUCUUCGAGGAGGGCUCUUGGGGGAGGUAUCUGCAGAGGAAGUUCCAGAAGCUCAUGGGUUUCGCUCCUUGCUUCUUUCACGGCUGUGGGAUCUUCUCGACCAACAGCUGGGGACUGGUGCCCUACUGCAAAGACAUCAACACUGUUGUUGGAGAACCUAUCACAGUCCCAAAGAUAGAAAGCCCCAGCCAGAAUGAAGUGGAUCUUUACCACGACAUGUACGUGCAGAGCCUCCUCAAACUGUUUGACAGAUACAAGCUGAAGUUUGGUCUGCUGGAGACAGACACCCUGGCUCUGCACUAGAAGAUCUGCAGAGCUGCUGAGGACCGGACCCUGCUCUGCACCUGCUUAACCCUUUCAGCCCUUUAUUAACACUGCAUGUUACCAUGUGCUGUCAGCAGUCACGUAGGAACCUCACCGGACCCAGUCUGAGAGGGGCUACAAAUAUCGGUGGGGGGGGUGGGGUGCUGUUCUCAUGUAUGCUCUAAGGAGUUUAUUAAUCAGCUUAACAAAUAAUUCAGGACUGAAAGGGUUAAAAUGUAUUUGAUUGUACCAAAAAGAGAACGGAAAUCGACGUUCUAACUCGACAGAAAAUCAUUCCAAACCUGGAGUAUCUGAAUGCUUCUGUACAGUACUACUGAGUACCCGACAGUGGUUCAAAUCAUGCUUUCGGGGGGGGGGGGUUGAGCACUUUUUUUUUUUUAAUAUGCUUGCCACUUAACCCUGUGGUAAUCCCAUUUUACUGUUAAGUAGCGUAAAGCUUUAAAUGCACAAGCAAUGCAAUUGGAAGGGUUUCAUCCCACGAGGUCACACCUGUGGACUCGCAGACCAGAGAGGUGUAGGUGUGUAAGCUUUAGUAUUUUGCACUUUUCGUUUGUGCCACUUGGUAAUUUUUGAAUUUUUGUUGUUGUUAAUCUACAGUCUGAGAAGUAGGAGAGGGGGUUUGGUUGGUUUCAGUAUUAUAAAGGGUAUUUUAGAAGGUGUGAUCGUAGUGGAAAGUGAGCAGAAAUGUAACUGUGAAUAAGGACCUGUCAAGAAGAGCAGAUGGAGGGGAUUGAUUUGUGUAAAAUUCAAGUGCAUACGAUGUAAUUCCAACUCUUUUGAAUGUAUAGAAUUAUUGGCUGGGAGGCGAUUUAAUGUUAUUGUAUAAGUGUUUACACGUGUUUUAAACUGAUGGGAGGAUAGUUUUAUUACAGUUUAAUUCUAGAUUUUGCACUAUAUCCACAUGUUAACCCAAUGUGCCUUUCUCGUCUGUACAGCGCACCUUCAGGAGUGUGAAUGCAUCCCACUGUCUCAUUUACUGAUACACUAUGAAAAAUGCCUUAAGUGCUCUGUAUUUCUGUGCAAUCUUCUACCAUAUAAAUGACGGUGUUUGAAAUGUGUUGUAUGUUUUUUGACUUGCAAAUAAAUGUGUAAACAUGU